CUUCUCUUUCCUCCACUUCUUCUUCUCUCUUCCCUCUCCCUCCUCUCUUCUUCCAUUCUCGUCCCAUGUACAAUAGUCCGUCCUUUGUCUUUUGAUCUUUUCUCCUUCUUCUUUGGUCUGCUCCUUUUUUAGCUUGCAUUCUUUUAUUGAAUCGCGCGCCGAGGUCCGGGUUGUUUCAUUUUAACACCCGCUCUCUCUCUUCUCUCUUGCUUUGUUGGCUCUCGAAAGAGAGCUACAUCUGAUCUACCUAGAAGCUUGAAUCGUCUCUGGAGGUCGCCUCAUUUGUCGGCGAGUGACAGAAAUGUCCACCCCCAAUGAUCUUCAGGCCCUCUUGGCCAGCAUCAGGCCCCGUCCUUCGCCUUCGGGCACCCCUGCCCAUGAUGCUCCCAUGCCGCCGUAUCCCAUGCAGUAUCAGCAGGGUCACCGCCAGCAGCAUCCGCAGCAGCACCAGCCGCAGUACGAUGGCCAGGCCUAUCCUCACCCGCAGCUGCAGCUGCAGCAGCAGCAGCACCAGCAGCAGCCGCUCCAUGGCUACCGUCACCCUUCGGUUUCAUCCAAUAUUCACAGCCCGUCGCCUUCUGUGAAUACUCCUCCGCACCACGGUUCGGAUAUCCUUAGUCCUAAUAUUUCGACUCCUCGGGGUGAUAUGUACUUCCAUCAACCUCCGCCACCCCAGCACCAGCAGCAGCAGCAAUAUCACCAGGUCUUGCCUCACAAUCCCGACCGGGCGGUGAAUCUGUUGAAUCUGCUCAAGUUCAACCAGCCUACCACUUCUUCUGCCCCCCAGCAGCAGCAGCAGGCUCCGGUCUCUGGCGCUGAACAGCCCAAUUACCUACAGCCUCGUGCAGCUGGUCUGGAGGAGCAGUCAAAGGCCCACGCGAGAAACAUUUCUGCCUCAGACCUGGUUGCGUCACUCUUUGGUGUCCAAGGUCAAGGUGCUACCACCGCUCCCGUGAGGCCUGCGGGUUCUAUCUCCGGUCCAUCUGGUGCUGGCGCGGGCGAGAGCUCUGCAUCUGCUGCUCCGACUGCCGAGAACACUCAAGAGAUGUUGCUACGUUUGCUGAACCGUCCCAAGCCUAGUCAGGAUGUUUCCGACGGACCCUUGAAGACUGUUCCGCAGCCACCUUCUAUGGUUUCGUCUCAGAAGUCACCUGUUCCUGAGGAAGAGCUGAACGACAUUCUCAAGUCUCCAGCUCAUGGGCCGGAGGAGACUUUGGUGUCUCCGGAUGAUGCCGGACCUUCCCAGCUUGAAACCCCUCCUGUGGGUAAGGACUCCAUGUUCACCUAUGUCAACCCGUUCGAGCAGCUGGCUGCCGCAUCUCCGCGCAAGGUCACCCCGCAACAAGCCAAGUCUCGAAGCGAGAGUCCAGCCAUCGAGAUCAUGAAAAGCAAGAAGACCACCAUUACCAGCAAGGUCGAACCGUCCUCGGCUGCGGAGGCUGUUGAGACCCCGCAAAGCGAAGGUCCCAAAUCGCCUAUACUGGCUGACGAGCAGAGGGAAGCCGUCAAUUCCGUCGUUGAACGUCUAGUUGAUGAGAUUGGACGCGAAAUCGAGAACGCUACUGGUAACUCGAAUGAUGAGAAGCUCGCCCAGCUCGCUGCUGCCCAAGAGGACAGUACUCAAGCCGUGAUCUCUUCCAUCGCGAGUCACCUACAGGAAACGGCCGCCGAAGCCAAGGUCGAGGAUGGCGCAGACAAGAACUCUGCUGAUGGUACCGCUACCCCCGCUGCCGUGAAGGAGACUUCGAACAAUAGCAGCGGUGAUGCUCUAGCGGAUAGUUGGGAGAGUGCCGAAGAUAGUGCUGAAAAAGAAGAAGAACGCAUUGUUUCUGUGUACAACUUUCCUCUGAAGCCGUUCAUCUCCAUCAUCGUCAAAGCCCACUCGGAGAAGCUUGCAGCUCUUCGUGAUGACGGUAUCAUGGAUAUUGCCCGGCUCAAGAAGGACUUCGAUCAGUUGGAUCGCUCUUUGACUUCCGCGACCUCGGACUACAUUGUGUAUGCGUUGGCGAAGAACGGUGGUAUGCGUAUCAUUCGUCAAGAUGAUGGAAGUGACAAGCAAAUCUUCCGUUCUACCCGCGAUCGUGUCUUCAAUGUUGCGGUAUGCACGUCGCAGACUGCUACCGGCCGAACUACCGAGGAGCAAGCCAUCUUGGGAAUUGGCGUCAGCGGAACCGUGUACUGGGCGUUGGUUUCUCGCGCAGACAAGGAUCUUUUUGAGCUCGACGCCCUCGAGAGCGAGAGCCUCAUCUUCCCUCCUUUCCCAGCUUCGGACGAGAACACUUCGGGCGGCCAGCUGAAAACGCGGGCCAAACGGAGCUCUCGCCAUCCUGGAUUCUUCGCCAUUGGUCGUGGUAAGAAUAUUUAUGUGGUUUCGCCUCAGGCUGCAAUGAACUCCGCCUACGGUGUGUCUGGACCUCAGCGCGUCGUUAACACGGAGAAAUUCUUCAAAGAGCGUGCUCUGAAGAUCUCCACCGGGAAGGCCGGCAAGGAUUUCAUGUUCAGCGACGAUGAUACAGUCAUCGCCUCUCUUGACAAGACGGGCCGCCUUCGUUUCUGGGAUAUCCGUGAGGUGGUCAACAACCCGGGCUUCUUCAGCUCUGGACCUAGUCCCGCCGAGAUUCGGGUGCCCUUGAACACCUUUGUCACCGGCUCUCCCGCAGAGAAGUCGUGGCCAACCUCUGUCCUCUUUAUUGACAAGCUACGUCCCUAUGUCAAGUCGAUGGCGCUUCGUUAUGUUCUCGUGGGCUUGAAGCAGAACCACACCCUGCAGCUCUGGGAUAUUGGGCUGGGUAAGGCUGUGCAGGAGCUCAAGUUCCCUCACGAGAAUGAGUCCGACGCCAUCUGCAGUGUCGCGUAUCACCCCGCAUCUGGUAUCAUCGUUGUUGGCCAUCCAACCCGCAACUCUAUCUACUUUGUUCACCUUUCUGCGCCUCGAUACAACCUGCAGGCGAUGUCGCAGGCCUCCUUCAUCAAGCGCUCUGGUGAGAAGGACAGCAGUCUACCCAAGCCUGAAUCUACCGCUUGCAUGAGCGGCAUUCGCGAAAUCUCUUUCGCUUCCAAGGGUCAGUUGCGGAGUCUGGAUAUCCUUCCCAUUACUAAGUCGGCUGGGGACGAAAGUGGUCUGUUCGAGCUGUAUGUCAUGCACUCUCGUGGCGUGACAUGCCUGAACAUCAAGAAGGAAGAUUUGGGAUGGACUACCGACAACAAAAUUGUCCGUCCCGUCAAUGCUCUGGAGGAAGGGUUCAUUGACAUCGCUGAGUUGCAGACCUUCCCCACAUAUGUGGCGGAUGAGCCUUCGGUCAAUGGUGAUGCAGCUCCGACUCCCACAAAGCCGGCGGCCAAAGAGAUCAUCAAAAAGAUGCCCGAGCUCAACACCGAUGCUGCGACUGGAGCUGGUCCCAGUACUUCUCGCGUGCAGUCGCCCACCAAGGCACCCGCCAAGAAGAAGGACGAGCCAAUUGAUACUGUAUCUAGCAUCAAUGGUGUCGACAAGGCUGAGAAGAAGAAAAAGAAGAAGAAUACACUCACUGGCAUGAGCGAGCCGUCCGCUAAAGGCAAGGAACCCGUGAUUUCCAAAGAAGGUUCACCUAAUGAUGUUCCUGCUCUCGUGGGCAAUGAGCCAACUCUCGAAGAAGCUACUGCCACCCCAGGCCCUUCUCAGGCAGUACCUGCUGCUGCUCCUGUGGCUUCCAGCGCUGGUAUCGAUGACUCAGCUGCUAUCUUGAACAAGCAUCUCGAGAUGCUGCAAAACGGCGUGUCGUCGGAAUUCACCAAGAGCCUUGGUCGCGAAUUGGAAGGACUUUACACCCGCUUUGACGAAGAGCGCCGCAACUGGGACGCAGCCUCGGCAGCCAAGCAGGAUCAGGUUCUACGUCUGGUUUCCAGUACUCUAUCUGAUAAUGUGGAGAAGAAUCUUGCCCGCAUCGUCUCGAAUAGCAUUAAGUCAGAGGUUGUGCCCGCCCUGACUGAUCUUACUGCCGCCGCUGUGGGUAAGCAACUUAACAGCGUGGUGUCGCAGCAGCUGGGAUCUGUGGUUCCUCGGGAAGUGUGCCAAGCCCUCCCAGAGGCUGUCACUCGUGCCAUGCAGCAGCCUGAUUUGAUGAAAGUCUUGUCGGAUGCUGUGGGUCAGAAGCUUGCUCCUCGUGUGGAAAGCGAGAUCUCGAAGGCCAUGCAGAAUACAAUCACUCCAGCCAUCAAGAAUGUCGCUGUGCAGACUGCAGACAAGGUUGUCGGUGGCAUGGAAAAACAGCUGCAGGCUCAGUUGAAGCAUUUGGAAGCCCAGCGGCAAAGCGAUGCCGCCAAGAUCAGCCAGCUCACUUCGCUUGUUCGUGGACUGUCCGACACGGUUGCCACACUUGCUGCAGCUCAGACAGGCUUGCAGACUGAGGUUGCCAAGCUUAGCCAUGCACUGGCUUCCAAGGAUAAUGUGGUGGAGCGGCAGCAACAACAACAACAGCAGCAGCAGCAGCAGCAGCAGACAACCGCGCCCGCUCGCAGCGCUUCUGUUGACACGAGAACUCCUGAACAGAUUGAGCUGCAGGAGAUCGCUCAAUUGAUGAGUCAAGGUCACUUCGAGGAAGGAUCAGUCAAGUGGCUGCAAUCGACUCAACAGGCUGAUCUGUUUGACAAUCUCUUUGUUCGUAUGAACCCGCAAUACCUGACCAGUCUGUCUCCUAUCGUGGCUCUUUCUGUGGGUGUUGCUGUGACUUCGUCGCUGCAGACCAACCCCAUGGAGCGUUUGACCUGGCUGGAAGUGGUUCUGCAAACGGUGAACCCGAUGGACCCCGACAUUCGUGAAGUCGCGCCCAAGAUCAUGGACAUCCUUAUUCAACGGCUUGAGGCACUCUACAUGUCAGUGGCAGAGAAUUCACCGCACGACCCUAUUAUCCGCAAGAUCGCGCCCUUGUCGCGCCGUGCUAGAUCUCUGCGAGGAUGAUUUCCUCUCGUGGUGAUUCGAUCCCUCAAGUUUACCGAGCUUAAUGAAUAAUGCGAUCCUUAUGAGGAUGUUCAUAAUGAGGAAGUUGAUAACAAAAGGGAGAACGAAUGGAAUGUAUUGCAACUCGAUUGCCAUCGCAUGAGGAUGAUGACUACUAUUUUAUUUGGUUUAGCAAUGAAAGUCAUGGGUUAAUGAUGAG